ACAGUUAAUUAAUAAGCAUAAAUAAAAGUAUCAUGUUUGUUUAUGGACGAAAAAUUGGUGGACAAACAACCUAGGAAAAAUGUAUGUUAUUAUUUUAGUAAUUCAUGCAUUUUAUAAGCCUUUUGCACUAUAAAUCCCCUGCAUCUAGUACUCUUUUAUCAUAGGCAAAAAUGGCAUUCUAUCAUCAAUCAACACUUUCUACUCAUUUGGUUGCGAGAUGGUUGGUUCUUGGAUUAAUAGCGCUUUCUGUCGUUGAAUGCCGGAGGAAUUUGUUGUUUGAAUCUUACGCAACCUAUGCAGCCAUCAACUGCCGUAAGCAUACCGCGUUUUUGACAGAUUUUGGUGGCAUUAGUGACGGAAAAACAUCAAAUACCGCAGUUUUUCAAGCCGCGGUUCAGAACCUCAGUCAAGUUGCGGAUGAUGGCGGAGCACAGCUUAUCGUGCCCCCCGGAAGAUGGCUCACAGGAAGCUUUAACCUCACCAGCCAUUUCACCUUGUUCAUUCAAUUCGGUGCGGUUAUUCUUGCUUCUCAGGAUGCCGGAGAGUAUCCGCUUGUCGAAUCGUUACCUUCUUAUGGUCCAGGAGGAAGAUUUAGCAGUCUGAUAGGUGGAUCACACCUCACUGAUGUUGUGGUUACAGGUGACAAUGGCACGAUUGACGGGCAAGGUUCGGUAUGGUGGAAAAAGUUCAACAGAAAGAAGUUAAGGAACACAAGACCGUACCUUAUCGAACUAAUGUACUCGAACCAAGUCCAGAUUUCCAAACUCAUAUUGAUUGACUCGCCUUCAUGGUUUGUUCAUCCUGUUUACAGCAGUGAUAUUAUUAUUCAAGAUCUAACCAUUCGUGCACCCGUAGAUUCUUCUAAUACGAAUGGAAUCAUUCCAGAUUCUUGUAACAAUGUAAAGAUUCAAGAUGUUAAUGUGGUGUCCGGUGACGAUUGUGUAGCCGUGAAAAGCGGGUGGGAUGAAUACGGGAUUAAAUUCGGGGUGCCUACCGAACAAAUGAUCAUAAGAAGACUAACUUGUAAUUCCCCCAACGGUUCAGUGAUCGCACUAGGAAGUGAGAUGUCGGGUGGCAUAAAAAACAUUAGAGCCGAAGACAUCACGGCUAUUAAUUCUCAAUCCGGGGUCAGAAUUAAAACCUCUCCCGGAAGGGGUGCAUACAUUACUGACAUAUUUGUGGAUGGAAUGAAUCUACAAGCAAUUGAUUCCGUUUUUUGGACCACUGGGUCCUAUGGGGAGCACCCGGAUCUAGGUUUUGACUCCAAGGCACUCCCCGUAGUUGACCGGAUUAAUUACAGAAAUGUAGUGGCUGAAGAUGUGAAGAUGGCGGGGAAUAUGAGCGGCAUAGAUGGUAAUCCGUUCACUGGAUUUUGUUUAUCAAAUGUUACCAUUGGGUUUGGUACGCAACAAGAUAAUCGGUUAUGGAAUUGUACGGGUGUAUCCGGAGUUUCGAGUAAUGUGAAACCCGAACCAUGUGAUGUUUUAGCGGAUAAAGGUCCGAGUGAUUGCGAGUAUCCACCGGAUCCGGUGCCAAUUGAUGUCCUUGAGUUGAACACUUGUUCUUUUAGUACUAUAGGCUAAAUGUUGAAACUAAUUUGUGUUUAAAGUUGUAAUUGAUACACAUGUUGUGUCAUGUGUGACAUUGUUCUCCCUUGACUAGGUUUAUUGAAGUGUAUGGAUGUAAUCAUAAGUUUUGAAUUUCAUUUGUGUACUUGUGAACUUA